CCAUAUCGACCAUAGCUAUCAUGGCGUGUGGAGGAAUGACAAACACAGCAACCAUUUACAAACAGCUUCAAACUAAUGCCACAUGUGGAUAAAAUCUAUUGCCGGUGUCACAAGGAAGAGUACAAGUUUCCAAGCGGAUUUCCAAUAAGCCCCCUUUUUUUUUGCAUAAGUUACUGUUUCUGUGAGCUCCCUACGCAGAUUUCCUCUAGCCUUGGUGGCACUAAGCGUGCGCUCGCUGCAGUCACAUGCACGUAAGAGAAGAAGAAGAAGAUAUCACGAGAUGUCGCGUUCGAUUCGGGCUGACGGUCCGGUUUUACUCUGAUUCCUAUAGAGAAAAAUCUAAUCAUAACCGAGAGCCGGGUUUUCGAGUUCUGCUCCUCGACCUCCGAACGUCGCUACUCAACGCGGGCCAACCCUCAGUCCGACAUGCAACACGAUGGGCGGCACAACGGGUGACCGCUAGGCCUAAAGCUCGAACGGACUCUUGACGGCCGUGCCAGACGCGCCUGGGUCUACCCGCAUCCUUUCUUUUUUUUUUUUUUGGGGUCUGGGCAACAGCAAAAGCACUGCACUUGGCAGGUGUACCAUUAUACGGAGGUAAGCAAACUGUGCACUACAUUGCAAAAGAAAAUAUCCUCCGAGCAAGACACACGUGUCUAAAGCGAAAUCGGAUUCCAUCGAGAGUGUCAGCUGCCCAGCAAGCAGGUCAGGAGAAGACACGUGUUUAAGUUCUUACACCUGCCAUGGCUAUGAAGUCUCAGUGAUGCAUAUAAGCAACUCUGCGACCAAACAUCAAGAGGUGCGACUGAUCCAAACGUCACUAUAGGGGCGGCGACGUAUAGCAAAAAAAAAAAAAGAAAGAAAAAAGAAAGACAGGAACCCGACUGACCAAGCUUAACCGCGCAGAAGGUUCUGCGGUGACUCGAUUCUGUGUAGCCCGACACUGAGCGACACGCAAGGAACGGGUCAUGGCCCAGAACGCCGCGCAACAGGAAGAAGGCAGCUCGGCCAGCGAGACAGAGCUUGAGUUCGUCACCGCCGACUUCGCGGAACUCUGCGCGGUCGGUUUCGGACUCGCCUCCCUCAUAGCCCUGGUGGCCGGGCUCACCUGGUACCUGAUCUUCUACGUUCCGGCCGAGGACGCCGGAGGUCGGCGGGGCGUCAACUACACGCGGCUGCUCGAGGAAUCCAUCACUCGGUCCGUGGCGCCGUGCGACAACUUCUACCGGUUCGUUUGCACCGGCUGGAUUCGAGACCACAGCAGGGGCCAGCACCGCAGCGUCGCCGACACGGUACAGCGCGAGGCGCUGCUUGACGCCAGAGACGCCUUUGAAGAGGGUGCCAGGAACCGUCGGCGACGAGGAUCGACCGGUAGAACCUUAUCGCGCGAGGUUUCCUCGGAGGUCGAGAAUGCCGACGGAACGCGCCGAGACGUGGAAGGUCGCCUCCUGCGAGACCACCACCGGAUGCCACUGACAUCGUCUGCGCAGAAGCAUCAGACGACGACGCCGAGGGGCUCAGCUGUUCUCAAAGCGGCGUCUCUGUUCGACUCAUGCAAGGAAGUGGUGGACAAGAAGAAGUCAGAGACAAAGAAGGUGGCCGAGUUCAUGAAAACCUACACCAAGUUUCCCGCUGUCGAACCGCAGGACGCGGCCGAUGCCGUGGCCGCGAUCAUCGAGCUUUCGCUCACCUGGGGCAUCGACACGCUGUUCAUCGUGAAUGUCUUCGCCGACCUGGACGAAGGCGGUCGACCCACUGUGGAGAUCGCCGAAAACGUCGAGCUAUUCCAGUGGUUCCGCUGGCGCAACGUGCUCAAGGACUCGGGAAAGCUGGAGGAGUUCUUCCUCAGCCACCUACAGGCGAUUCCGGGCUUCCGGUCAUCGCGGGACGAGUACCUCUUGACCGAGAUAGCCGACGCCGAUUCGCAGGUCAUUCCUUCGCUACGGACGGACGAAGCGGUGCCGGACGACCCCACGUACCGCAACCUGUCCGAACUGAUACCUGGCGUCGCGGGCCAGACGUGGGUCCACGAAAUCAACCGGCAGACGGAGCCGUACUUCAAGGUGGAGGCCGAUCACAAGCUCAGACUGGACAACGUCCACUACCUGCAGCAAGUCGGCAGAAUCCUCAAUUACACGGGGAAGCCGCUGCUAGUGCCCAUGUUCGUCGGCUGGACUGUGCUUCGCCACCUGGCUCCGCGUGCCUCCUACAAGGCGGCCACCGUCGUCUACAAGGACACGGCGAGUUACGUCGACGCCUGUUUCAGUUACGUGGCCCGCGCGAUGCCCCUGGCGGCCAGCUAUCCUUACUUGAGCAAGUUACCCACGGCCAGAAUGGAGGCGGUCGCCAGGACCAUGGUCAAGGACGUCAGGCGCGAGCUCGCGGCCACCUUCGCCAACGUGCCCUGGAUGGACAACGCUACGCGCGCUAAGGCCGGCGACAAGCUGGCCGCCAUGGCCGAGGUCCUAGUCAAGCCGGCGUUCCUCGUCGACGAAGGCGCGCUCGACGCGCACUACGCCAACUUCUCGACUCACGACGACUACCUGACGGCGUCGCUGCAGACGGCCAGGUCGUCGACGAGGCUCAUCAUGGCGAAGUUGUCCUCGUACCGAAACGGCGGCGGUCACGGCGUUGCCAUAGAGGACCUCGGAUUCCCGCCUCUGACGGUGAACGCCCUGUACGACAGGGCGCUGAAUGCCAUGGUCGUUCCGGCCGGCAUCAUGAGGCCUCCAUACCUGGACGACGGCGCGUGGACGGCUUUCAACUACGCAGGUCUCGGCGCGGUCGUGGGCCACGAGGUGAUGCACGGCUUCGACGUGCGCGACAGGGAACGGGACGCCAGCGGGGCGCUCCGGGACUGGUGGUCCGCCGACGUUCGCAAGCGUUACGAGGACAAGGUGGCGUGCCUCCGGCGAGCCUACAACGUCGGCCGGUGGCGAGAGACGCAGAAACCUUCAGCUUUCGAAUACGAAGACGUCGCCGACUUCGCUUCGCUCCGCGUCGUCCUGGGCGCCUACAGGCGUCGGGCGUUCCUCCAGCAGCGCGGAGUGCGGACGCCGACGUCUUUCCUGGAGUACUCGGGCGAGCAGCUCUUCUACCUCAACUACUGCUUCAAGCUGUGCUCCGCGGACGAAGACCACGACCUGCUCGAGGGUCCGCGCGCGGAUUUCGCGACGGACGAAGACCGGUGCAACGUGCCGCUGCGCCACCUGCAGGAGUUCUCCGACGCCUUCCGGUGCGCCAAGGGGGACCCAAUGGACGUCGUGGACAAGUGUUCCUUCUGGGACCUGCCUGUGGAGCAGCUGCGCAUGUACGAAGAUGCGAUGGCCGAGUCCCCGUGACAACGCCGCGACAGCGUUAUCUGACUUGGGAAUUGAUAAUUUCGAAACUAUACGCGAACGGCGACGAAA